GCGCUACGUACUGGCUAAUGAUUGGCACGCUUGACAGUGAUUGGCAGGGCUGCCAUGACAACGCUACAACGACUCCAAGAAGACCAAUAGAAAAGGGAAACAAAAUGUUUCAAUGCUACACUCAACGGCGGAUUUAGGGGGGAGAUAUUAUGAGGCUGGUGUCAUUAGGCGACAGUCAUUGAAUCAUUCAAUCUUUUUUUUACUAUAGCCGUAUUUUUCGGUUUUUCCUUUUCUCGAUAAUUUUCUUUCUCUCUCAGGUCAUUUCCAUGGUUUUCAGAUCCCCUUUAGAGCUUUAUCCCUCCCAUUUCUUCCUGCCUAACUUCGCUGAUCGCCCACUGCUGCUGGCGAACAGCGCUCCCUCCACCAGGUCUCCAGAAGACUUGUCCAUGUUUCAGCUACCGACUCUCAACUUCUCCCCGGAGCAGGUGGCAAGCGUCUGCGAGACGCUGGAGGAGACCGGGGACAUCGAACGGCUGGGCCGAUUCCUCUGGUCCCUGCCUGUGGCUCCGGGAGCGUGCGAAGCGAUCAACAAGCACGAGUCCAUCCUGCGCGCCCGGGCCGUGGUGGCGUUCCACACGGGGAAUUUCAGAGACCUCUACCACAUCCUGGAGAACCACAAAUUCACGAAAGACUCUCACGGCAAACUGCAAGCCAUGUGGCUGGAAGCGCACUACCAGGAGGCCGAGAAGCUCCGCGGUCGUCCUCUCGGACCUGUCGACAAGUACCGAGUGCGGAAGAAGUUUCCGCUGCCGCGGACCAUCUGGGACGGGGAGCAGAAGACGCACUGUUUCAAAGAGCGGACGCGGAGUCUGCUGCGGGAGUGGUACCUUCAGGACCCAUAUCCAAACCCCAGCAAGAAAAGGGAACUGGCUCAAGCCACUGGACUCACUCCUACACAGGUCGGGAACUGGUUUAAAAACCGGAGGCAAAGAGACAGAGCUGCGGCGGCCAAAAACAGGCUCCAGCACCAAGCAAUAGGACCGACCGGUAUGAGGUCCCUCUCAGAAGCCGGGCUCACCCCUCACAGCUCGGCGGAGUCGCCGUCCACCGCGGCCAGUCCCACCACCAGCGUUUCCAGUAUGACAGAGAGAGUUGAUACUGGGACGUCCAUCCUGUCCGUCACAUCCAGUGACUCGGAGUGCGAUGUAUGAUACGGAAAGACAAGAUAAAUAACAGAAAAACAAACAAAAAGAGAAAUAUUUACAGGGAAAAUGGACCCGAGAAGAAGAAAAAAGACUUAUUAAAUAUGGCGGAUGAAAAAAGGACUGAUUGAUAUAAAUAUUAAAAUAAAAAGAGAUAAAAGCACGUCGAUUUUUUUUAUUAAAGCGCUUUCAAAGGACCCACGCCUACCCCUCCUCUUCAUACACCCCACUCCACCAACAACACUUGCAUGAUGUUUUUUUUUAUUUUUAUUUUUAUUUUGUAAUCAGGGAAACAACCUGAAUGCAGGAUUUUCUUUUCACCAGGAACAUCGACCAAUGGGAAUAAAAACAGAUCGUCUUGGUGUCUUCAUCGCACUUUUUGGCUCUCCUCUCCCCCCACCCCCGGUUUUAUGUGAUGAUGAUUAUGUUGAUGAUGAUGAUGAUGAUGAUGAUGAUGAUGGCUGUGAGGAAGCCGCAGUGCAAACAAGAUGCAAUCCUGUUUUUUUACUUUGUGUUCAUCAGACAAUCAUUUAAGUCGUAAGCACCUUUUUAAAUCCACUUCUGUCACUGCCUGCCUACAUAUGGUCAAAACAAACAAAAAGAUAAAAAAGAAAAAAAAAUGUCGAACCGUUAUGACUGUAUCAGAUUUUUAUUUUUAUUUUCAAAAUUUUAUAUUGAAUUAUGUAUAUCUGAAAUAAUGCGAUCAUCCACCCGGUGUGUAAUAUACGUGUAGAAAUAUGCUUGUACAUAAUUAUUGCUCUGCCCCCUCCCUCCCCGCAUCCGUGUCACCCUCUUUUCUAUCCCUCUCCUCACUUUUCUUGACUUGGUGUUCCUACAUAAAAUAAUUGUCAAAACUUAAAACUGACGUGGUUACA